AUGAAGCGAUUUGAAGCAGGUGGCGUCAUCGCUUUGAUAAACUCUGGAGGCUUGAGAGUGAUAGCCCCCCAGAUGUCUGAUCUGCCUGAUGGCUCACAUGCCAUGGAGGUUGCUAUCAAGAUUCUGCAGUUAUUGGUUAGUAAACUUUCCAGGGAGAGCAUGAAUAUUGAACGCUUCUUAGAACGGUCUUUGGUGGUUGCUGCUGUUGCACAUCAGUUUGCAGUCAUGCAUAAUGCCCUGAAGUUUGAAGCACUCCAUCUUCUGUCUGUUGUCUUCUGUUCCGAGUAUUCUGUGAGUAUUCAGUCCUUAACCUUCUGUGGAAAGUUAGCUGUGAUUGGGGAGUCAAGUUUCAUGCUGAUUGUAAAUUUAGUAGCAGUUUAA